GUCAGACCAAUAUUCCACUGGGAAGGACGCACACGUACGGACGCAGACGCACGCACACACACACAAGCGCGCGAGGAGAGAGAAAGCGAGCGAGUCUGCGGAGUGCGCGAGGGGGAGAGAGGGAAUGAGAGAGAGAGACCUGUAAGAACAAGCGACAAGAGACGAAAACGAGGACUAAAAACCGGACCCAAAUGGCACCCAUGGAUUCUAGGAUUGUGUUCGCUGUUCUCGUUUUGGGGAUUUUUACGCUCGUGUCUUCAGCGCGAAUAUAUCCCCCGAAUGAAGUCACGUUACUGGACUCCAGAUCGGUGCAGGGGGAGCUGGGAUGGGUCGCCAAUCCGACAGAAGGAGGGUGGGAGGAGGUGAGCAUCAUGGACGAGAAGAACAUUCCCAUCCGAACCUACCAGGUCUGCAACGUCAUGGAACCCAACCAGAACAACUGGCUCCGUACGGACUGGAUCCCGCGCGGAGGAGCCCAGCGCGUUUACAUCGAGAUCAAAUUCACUCUACGGGAUUGCAACAGUCUCCCCGGCGUCAUGGGAACCUGCAAGGAAACGUUCAACCUCUACUACUACGAAUCCAACAACGACAAGGAACGCUACAUCCGAGAAAACCAGUUCGGGAAAAUCGAUACUAUUGCCGCGGACGAGAGCUUUACCCAAGUCGACAUAGGUGAUCGGAUCAUGAAGUUAAACACGGAAGUUCGAGAUGUAGGCGCUUUGACGAGGAAAGGUUUUUAUUUAGCCUUCCAGGAUGUCGGAGCGUGCAUCGCGUUGGUUUCAGUCCGAGUGUUCUACAAAAAGUGCCCCCUAGCUGUGCGAAAUCUAGCCCAGUUUCCCGACACGAUCACAGGCGCGGAUACGUCGUCGCUUGUGGAAGUCCGUGGAUCUUGUGUGGAUAAUUCGGAAGAGAAAGAAGUUCCCAAAAUGUACUGUGGGGCUGACGGAGAGUGGCUGGUGCCCAUCGGGAACUGCCUCUGCAAUCCCGGAUACGAGGAACGCAGCUCGGAAUGCCAAGCUUGUAAGAUCGGAUACUACCGCGCCCUGGCCUCCGACGGUCUGUGUAUGAAGUGUCCUCUUCACAGUUACUCGACGAAAGAAGGCUCUACCUCGUGUGCGUGCGACAAAGGAUUUUUCCGCUCUGAGACUGACCCCGCCUCAAUGCCCUGCACCCGUCCUCCCACUGCUCCGCUCCACCUGAUCUCCAAUGUGAACGAGACGUCGGUGAACCUGGAGUGGUCGGCGCCGCGGAGCUCGGGGGGCAGACAGGACCUGAGCUAUAACGUCGUGUGUAAGCGUUGUGGGGCGGAGGGACGCCGCUGCCUGCCCUGCGGUAGCGGAGUGACCUUCAGCCCCCAGCAGCUCAGCCUCCGCUCCACCCGCGUCGCCAUCACCGAGCUCCAAGCCCACACCAACUACACCUUCGAAGUGUGGGCGGUCAACGGCGUGUCCCCGCAGAGUCCCGGGCCCGAGCAGGCUGUGUCUGUCACCGUGACGACCAACCAGGCGGCCCCAUCUCCUGUGACGUCAAUCCAAGCGAAGGACAUCACCAGACACACCAUCUCUUUGUCCUGGCAGGCACCGGAACGAGCCAACGGGGUCAUUCUGGAGUACGAGGUCAAGUACUAUGAAAAGGACCAGAAUGAACGCAGCUACAGGAUCAUCAAAACGUCGGCUCGUCAUACGGACAUUAAAGGGCUAACUCCGCUCACGUCGUAUGUGUUUCACGUGAGAGCUCGGACCGCCGCCGGGUACGGAGAAUUCAGCGCUCCCUUUGAGUUCAUGACUAACUCUGUCCCCGCCCCCAUUAUCGGAGACGGCGCUAACUCUACCGUACUUCUAGUGUCGGUCGUUGGCAGCGUGGUCCUUCUACUCAUCCUCAUCAGCGCUUUUGUCAUCAGCCGCAGGAGUAAAUACAGCAAGGCCAAACAGGACGCUGACGAGGAGAAGCACCUGCACCAGGGAGUGAGAAUCUACGUGGACCCGUUCACUUACGAGGACCCGAACCAAGCCGUGAAGGAGUUCGCCAAAGAGAUAGACGCCUCCUGCAUCAAGAUCGAGAAGGUCAUUGGCAUCGGUGAAUUUGGCGAGGUGUGCAGCGGUCGACUGAAGAUGCCGGGGAAAAGGGAGAUCUGCGUGGCCAUUAAAACUCUGAAAGCAGGAUACACCGACAAACAGAGGCGGGACUUCCUGUCUGAGGCCAGCAUCAUGGGCCAGUUUGACCACCCCAACAUCAUCCACCUGGAGGGCGUGGUCACCAAAUGUAAACCGGUCAUGAUAAUCACAGAGUACAUGGAGAAUGGCUCUUUGGAUGCGUUCCUGAGGAAAAACGACGGCCGCUUCACUGUGAUCCAGCUGGUUGGGAUCUUGCGCGGGAUCGCCUCCGGGAUGAAGUACCUGUCGGACAUGAGCUACGUGCACCGCGACGUAGCAGCCAGAAACAUCCUGGUCAACAGUAACCUGGUGUGUAAAGUGUCCGACUUCGGAAUGUCCAGAGUGCUCGAGGACGAUCCGGAGGCGGCGUACACAACACGGGGAGGAAAGAUCCCGAUUCGCUGGACCGCCCCCGAGGCCAUCGCGUACCGGAAAUUCACCUCUGCGAGCGACGUCUGGAGCUACGGCAUCGUCAUGUGGGAGGUGAUGUCAUACGGAGAGAGGCCGUACUGGGACAUGAGCAACCAGGAUGUAAUAAAGGCCAUAGAUGAGGGGUACAGGUUGCCCCCUCCCAUGGACUGCCCUGUGGCUCUGCACCAGCUCAUGUUGGACUGCUGGCAGAGGGAGAGAGCCGAUCGGCCAAAGUUUGGGCAGAUCGUGAACAUGCUGGACAAACUGAUCCGAAACCCCAGCACCCUGAAGAGGACCGGGGGAACGGACAGCACCAUACGCCGGUCGACGCCCUCUCUGCUUGAGCCCAGCAGCCCGGAGCCCCCGCCCUCCUCCUCCGGGACGGUGGAGGACUGGCUCAGAGCCAUCGGGAUGGAGAGAUACAGCGACAACUUCACCGCGGCGGGGUACACCACUCCUGAGGCCGUGGUGCAUAUGACACAGGAGGACAUGGCUCGAAUCGGCAUCUCUUCCGCGGCACACCAGAACAAGAUCCUGACCAGCGUCCAAGGAAUGCUGUCCCAAAUGCAACAAAUGCAAGGAAGAAUGGUUCCCGUUUGAGACAGGAAAAGCUAGAGGAACUUGGGAAAAACCGACUUCUUUUCUUAUAAAAAAAAUAAACAAAAAAACAAAAAAGAUUCAGUAUAAAAAGAGACACGAGACUAUGACAUUAUAGUUUACCUCAUCCAUGCACUUUAAAUUGGAUUUUUAAAGAAGAGAUAACGACGUUGAAGAAAAAAAGUGGAGGAAAUGGCACUUUUUUGGACAAACCUGAAACUCUUUUGUUGUUUUAGAGAAUUUGACUCUUUUUCGGCAAGAUUUAUGGAUAGAUAGACGAACGAACGGACGGAAGGAAGGAAGGGAGACGUGCUUCCAAGGAUAAUUUGGAGUGCCUUUAGGAAAACCGGAGAACUGGGAUCGAUUCUUCCAUGUUUUGGAGCAAAGAACUGUUGUUUCUGGAAUAUUGAGAAUAAUUUUCCGAUCAGUUUUGUUUUCAUUUCAGCUUUUGUCAUAACUGUACAUGAACCUUGAUACAUGGCCCAGACGCCAUUGUUCUCACUCAGCUGGAUCUGUUUGGAUUAAAUGGAGGAUUAACAACAGCGAGCAGGUUGAGGGCGCAAUUCCCGGCGGACACUUGGAAAACAUGGAAAGCUUGUUUUGAAGAACUUUUCCAGGAUAUGUUUUGCUUGUUGAACUUGCCGUCAGGAUGUGGCAAAGAAUGUUUUUGAUCUUCCAGAAAAUGCCCCACGUCUUCCCAACAAAAUUCCCUCAGAAAACGUGUUAAUUUUUUGGAUUUGUUAGCUUCUUUUGCCCCGUGGACAGGACUCAGUGCCCGGGACAGCUGGAUCUAUGGGAGCAGGUUUGAAGUGGAUGUACUUUUGUGGAUAAAUGCAGUAUAAACAUGGAAGGGACCGCAGCAUCGAACCUGAAGACCAGUCACAACGGAUGAGUUAAAAGCUGCUGCCAUCCAUCACAAAUCAGCCCGGAUACUUAGAUUUUCCUCCACAAAAAUGUCGUCUUCCUCGUUUCCCUCCUCCUCCUGCUCCUCUUAAACUCUGAGAAGACGAAGCUUAACCCGAGGCCAGCUUCUGUCGUCAAAUCGGUCCCUCAGCGUUGAACUGGAACUACUUUAAAUGAUCUCACGACUUCAAAAUAAAAGACAAUAAACAGAAUGUAAUAUAAUCCAGAAGACCCGCUCCAGCAAAUAAUGUGCUUUUAUUUUGAAAUGUUCACGUUUUAUUUUGUAAUUAUGUUUCGGUUGCAUGUAAAGUAACACGCUUUGGUUUGAAUGGUGGUGAUUUGAAUGGGCUGCGUGAAUGUUAGUAUUGUUAAUAAUGUCUAUGUUUUGGUAAUGAUGUGUUUGAUGCCACUGUAGGAGGACGUAACAAAGAUGUAUUGUUUUUAUAUAUUGUAAAAAAAAAGAAAAAAAAAGAGCCCCACUUUUUUUUGUAUUUUGUAUUUUAUUUUUGAAGAUAUUUAAGGUGUGUUUCAGUUUUAACAAAAGCAUUUAUCUAACAAAAUUUGAAAUACACGCAGAGGUGGGUAGCAGUGGCAGUACAAACAUUUUUACAAUGAUAUAAAAAUAAAGUGCGUUUUAUAUUUUACGUGGGACUAAACACCUAAACUCCGCCCACAACCACAAUUCAAAGCUGAUAAACUGGGAAAAGUAAAGAAAUGAGUGAGGCGCAGGGUCUGGAGGGAUAAAGAACAGUGUGAUUGGUCUAACAGGUCUCCACACUUCAAACUCCGUCCCUGCAGCCAGGCGUUUGUAUUCAGAAACACCUAGCUGUAAUUGGGACAGUCCUGUGUGAUGUCACGUAGUACUUGAUAUCGCAAAGGCCACUGGAGGCGGCGCACACUCAGUUUUGGAGAGUUUUUGCACUAAAAUUCCCGCACAAAAAGUGGACUAGGAGCAGUAGGCAGUGCUAUUAAUAUAGUUAGCUAGUUAAUUUAGUGUUUAGUUUCACUGGAAAACAAAACAAAAACACACACACACUCAAAUGGGUGUAUAGGAUCGGACGGCCAAGACAAAAAAUUUUAUAAAAUUCAACAUUGCGACCACAAAUUGGAGCCCAUUGGGAGUGGGAACAGGCAAAUUUUGGAGUACGCUCAUGAAAUUCAAAGCAGUGAUGCAGCUCCAUGAGACAAGCCUAAAGUUGAAUUGGAGUACUGAACAGGAAGUCGGCCAUAUUGGAUUGAAAUUCUGAUGUCACUUUUACUGCCUUUGUAUGAAACCUAUCCAGUUAAAAAUAUUGUUACUUGCAUAAAAAUGUUGCUUCACACCCAUUUAUAUAAAGUGAUUUAUUAACUUAAGAAAAUGCUACCCACCUCUGUGCAAACCCCAUAUUGAAAAAAUGUGAAAUUGCAACAUACCUGACGAGACAGAGGAUCCGAAACGUUUUGAAAGAAGGGACAUUUUGAAUUUUAUUUUUCAACAAAGCAAAACUUCCAGGUUUAACUCCACGGACUUAUUUUUAUUUGUAUUUUUGAAUAACUUGAAUGUUUCCGUUAACCCAGCACCUCCGUCCUUAAAGUGCCAUGACAGGUUUUUAUCGUGGUGGGAUCAUACCUUUUGUAAAUAUAGAUUAUAGCUUUACACCAACCAAGAAGCAAUUUGUGAAGAAAACUUCUUUGGUCUUUCGUCUUUGGUCUAAACCUGGUCUAAACCUGGUCUGUCUUUGGUCUAAACCUGAUCUAAACCUGGUUGACCUUUGGUCUAAACCUGGUCUAAGCCUGGUCUAUCUUUGGUCUAAACCUGGUCUAAACCUGGUUUAUGUUUGGUCUAAACCUAGUCUAUCUUUGGUCUAAACCUGGUCUAUCUUUGGGCUAAACCUAGUCUAAACCUGGUCCAUCUUUGGUCUAAACCUGGUCUAAACCUGGUCUAUCUUUGGUCUAAACUUGGUCUAAACCUGGUCUAUCUUUGGUCUAAACCUGGUCUAAACCUGGUCUAUCUUUGGUCUAAACCUGAUCUAAAUCUGGUCUAAACCUGGUCUAAACCUGGUCUGUCUUUGGUCUAAACCUGGUCUAAACCUGUUUGAUCUCUGGUCUAAACCUGGUCUAAACCUGGUCUACACCUCGUCUAAACCUGGUCUAAGCCUGGUCUAUCUUUGGCCUAAACCUGGUCUAAACCUGGUUGAUCUUUGGUCUAAACCUGGUCUAAACCUGGUCUAAACCUGGUUGAUCUUUGGUCUAAACCUGGUUGAUCUUUGGUCUAAACCUGUUUGAUCUCUGGUCUAAACCUGGUCUAAACCUGGUCUAACCCUGUCAAAGGCACUUUAACACAGAUACAACUCCAUAAUAUUUUUCUGUCCAGUGUUGAAAAAUGAAAGAAAAAUGGACCUGUUUGAGAUAUGCAAGAAGGAGAACCCCGAAUGUAUUGUACCACCACUUUUCUUUGCUUAGAAUAAAAAAAAACAACAAAAAAAACAAGAAAAAAAUAUAACUCUGAUAUUGUAAUGUCAUGCUUCAGAUGCCAUAUGAUCUAACCACAUUUUGUACAUGUUCGGACCAUGUCUUUUUUGGCCUUGUUUUGUCCAGGAGCUCUAGGUACAUGUAACUUAUGUCAUUUAUUUAUGUUCUUUUAUAUCUAGUUUGUAAAAAUAAUAGCCUAAAGUGAAGAAAAUCAAAGGACUGCCGAUGUGCAUUCUUAAUAAAGUAGAAAUUUCA